UCGACCGACACCAAAAUGGCGAAGAUCGCCAAAACGCACGAAGAUAUCGAGGCCCAGAUCCUGGAGAUCCAGGGGAUGAAGGCCACCCUGCUGGAGGAGGGAGAUCAGGGAGUAGGCCUCGAUUCUACUGGAUUUUAUGAUCAGGAGAUCUACGGAGGCAGCGACAGCCGCUUCGCUGGAUAUGUCACCUCCAUCGCAGCAAACGAGCAGGAGGAAGACGAUGAAGAAGAUUCAUCAACGAGCUUAUUGGGACAGAAGAAGCCAGGGUACCACGCACCGGUGGCUAUACUCAACGCCAUUCCACAGUCAGACGAGCAAUAUGACCCCUUUGCGGAGCAUCGUCCUCAGAAGAUCGCCGAGCGGGAGGAUGAAUACAAAGCGCGGCGCAGACAGAUGAUCAUCUCUCCGGAGCGUCUCGACCCGUUCGCAGACGGUAAAUUUUGCUAUUUUUUGUCUUCAUUACACCUCCCCCAUUUCCUCCCCCCCUUUUUUCACGGUUCACUUUAUUGUGGCCCCUCCAUGACUGCCAAUGGUUUUCAUGCCCAUAGUUUUGCUGUUAAACCCUUCGACCACAAUGCAAUAGCUUGCCUCCCAGACUCAAAGCCUUCCCUGUGGUUAAUCCUCUGUGGUCUGAGAAUCUGAGAUCGUCCUAAUAUCUGAUAUCGGGUUGGAACAGCAAAACUCGUUAGUGUGGGCUCAUUGUUCAACUCUCAGUCUUCUGGUUCGGAGAAACACCAGAGGCGUGUUUAUUGUGCUGUGUGACAUGAAAUCCACUCAAAUGCAUCGCAGGGUUGCCACGCUUUUCAUUGGGACAGGUGGUUAGGUGUUUGACGGAGGGUAGCUCACCUAAUGGACGUGGGUCGCAGAUGGUUUGUGUGUGAGUCGAAGGGUUAACUGUGCUAUCUGAGCAGCAGGUUAGAGUAUGAUGGAAAGUGCAGUGACUUCUUUAGAUUGUGAGGAAGAGGGGUGUAAAGUUGAUGACUGGCUGAGGUGUAACUCACCUGGCGGUAAACUGUGCUUCAAGAUGUGCUGUGGUUAAAGACACGGAUCUUGCAGGCAGCGGAGAGAAUCACAAAGUCAGACACUAAAUUUACAGCCUCGCUUGUCGUCCCAGUUUCUCUCAGUCUGGGCCGAGUCCUCUGACCCAGCCGACCCUCUUAACUGUAAAGCUUUACAGGUCGCUGGGCUGCAGGUUAGCGCAAAGUUUGAAGAGUUAGCUGAUUUUAUAGUUUAAUAAGAUUUAAAGAUCAGAGUAGAAAAGGUCUCUCUCCAUUUUUAUUGCAUUUUCACUCCCCCUGACAACAUGAGCGUACAGCGUCAGGCCCGGUGUAGUUAGGGCUCAUCUGAAGCCUGCAUGUAGAGAGAGCUCUUUGUACAAAGUUGUUGUGUAAAUAUAUUUUUAUUUUACAACUCUCUCUGUAAAAUAGAAAUAUGUUAUCAAGAAAAAAUGUGUACAACAAUACAACAGGCCCAUACUAACUGUCCUUAAUUUCUCUCCUACAGCAGUACUGCUUUGCCAGUCCUGUACUGCACUCUGUUAAGGGUGCAGCAACUCAUCCUGUGUAGGUUAUGGGGAACACAGAGAUCUGUGCACUUGUCAAUUUGGUCAGGGUCCACCGGCUGCUUGUUUUGGGGUUGAGGGGAAUCAGAUGCAGCCCAAAUACAUCAAACCUCAACCCUCCCCAGAGCCUUAUUCACCUUCUUUAUUUGGCUUUCAGAUCAAAUUGGAGAUCAAAUCCUCUGAGUGCCCAAAUAUGAGACUACACGUCAUCAGAUACAAGUCAAGAUGUAGUUACACGAUGAAUGAUCAGUAACCAGCCUGGCUCUGGCUCAUCAUACAAUCAUCUUUACUUUGAUAACUUUUAUUCUGUAGUAAUGUCAUUCACUAUCUUGACUUUAUUAUUUGCUAGAUUAAAUAAUGGGGGAAUCUGGACCUCAGGGUCUCAUGAUUUUUGUCUAGUCCAAUGGUUUUUGCUCCAAGAAGAUACUUCUAUGUUUUUUGAGUGCCAUGAAUCAAUGCAACACAGGUGGUAUACUGUUGUGUGUGAGUUCAAACCCUUUUCCAAAGUGUUACUAAUGGUAAAGAGAAAUUUUCUAGGCUUCUUUUCUGCCGGUUGAAGUCUGACUGCAGAAGGACCCUUGGCACUGAAAGUGGGGGAAAACGCCGGACCCUAAGCUGCAGGUCAGGUCUUAUGUGGACGUCAUGUUGGAACAGAACCUGUCCAAAGAGGAGAGGGAGAUUCGUCAGCAGCUGGCAGAGAAGGCCAAAUCUGGGGACCUUAAAGCGGUCAACGGGUUCGCUGCGAGCCAAGCUGCCGCAAAACGUAAGCGUCGCUGGGACCAGACGGCCGACCAAACCCCGUCUAAUGCUACACCCAAAAAGUUGUCCAGCUGGGACCAGGCUGACUCCGCUGCUGAGCAAACACCAGGACACACCCCCGCACACACACCUUCAAACAGCCGGUGGGAUGAAACACCUGGUCGCCCUAAAGGCAGUGAGACCCCAGGAGCCACCCCGAGCACCCGCAUGUGGGACCCAACUCCCAGCCACACACCCGCCGGGGCUGCCACUCCCGGCAGAGACACGCCUGGGCACGCCACACCUGGACACGGAGGAGCAACGGGAAGCGUACGCAAGAACCGCUGGGACGAAACACCAAAGACGGAAAGAGAGACCCCCGGACACGGGAGCGGCUGGGCUGAGACGCCUCGCACAGACAGAGGAGACGAGUCGGUGGGGGAGACUCCGACUCCUGGAGCCAGUAAGAGGAAGUCUCGCUGGGAUGAAACUCCGGCCAGUCAGAUGGGAUCCUCCACGCCGCUGCUCACCCCGGGAAAGACUCCCAUAGGAACACCGGCUAUGAACAUGGCCACCCCAACACCAGGACAUCUGAUGAGCAUGACCCCAGAGCAGCUGCAGGCGUGGAGGUGGGAGAGAGAAAUCGAUGAGAGGAACAGACCUCUGACAGACGAGGAGCUUGACGCCAUGUUCCCAGAAGGAUACAAGGUCUUGCCUCCACCAGCGGGCUACGUUCCCAUCCGUACUCCAGCCCGCAAGCUCUCCGCCACACCCACCCCCAUCGGAGGCAUGACAGGCUUCCACAUGCAGGUUGAAGACCGCACCACCAAACAGAUGAACGACCAGCCGUCAGGAAACCUCCCCUUCCUCAAACCCGACGACAUCCAGUACUUCGACAAGCUGCUGGUGGAGGUGGACGAGUCCACGCUGAGCCCCGAGGAGCAGAAAGAGAGGAAGAUCAUGAAGCUGCUGCUGAAGAUUAAAAAUGGAACGCCACCCAUGAGGAAGGCCGCUCUGCGUCAGAUCACAGACAAGGCUCGUGAAUUCGGAGCAGGACCCCUCUUCAACCAAAUCCUGCCGCUACUGAUGUCGCCCACUCUGGAGGACCAGGAGCGCCAUCUGCUGGUGAAGGUCAUUGACCGCAUUCUGUACAAACUGGACGACCUGGUUCGACCAUACGUGCACAAGAUCCUGGUGGUGAUCGAGCCGCUGCUGAUCGAUGAGGAUUACUACGCCAGAGUGGAGGGCAGAGAAAUCAUCUCUAACUUGGCGAAGGCCGCCGGUUUGGCCACCAUGAUCUCCACCAUGCGUCCCGAUAUCGACAACAUGGACGAGUACGUGAGAAACACCACCGCCCGAGCCUUCGCCGUGGUGGCCUCCGCUCUCGGUAUCCCCUCCCUCCUGCCUUUCCUCAAAGCCGUGUGCAAGAGCAAGAAGUCCUGGCAGGCUCGACACACGGGCAUCAAGAUCGUGCAGCAGAUCGCCAUCCUGAUGGGCUGCGCCAUUCUGCCUCAUCUCCGCAGCUUGGUGGAGAUCAUCGAGCACGGUUUGGUGGACGAGCAGCAGAAGGUCCGGACCAUCAGCGCCCUGGCUAUAGCUGCUCUGGCUGAAGCUGCAACCCCGUACGGUAUCGAGUCCUUUGACUCUGUCCUGAAGCCGCUGUGGAAGGGUAUCAGGCAGCACAGAGGAAAGGGUCUUGCCGCUUUCCUGAAAGCUAUCGGUUACCUGAUCCCGCUGAUGGACGCCGAGUACGCGAACUACUACACCCGAGAGGUGAUGUUGAUCCUCAUCCGAGAGUUCCAGUCCCCUGACGAGGAGAUGAAGAAGAUCGUACUCAAGGUGGUGAAGCAGUGUUGUGGCACUGACGGUGUUGAAGCAAACUACAUCAAGACGGAGAUCCUUCCUCCCUUCUUCAAACACUUCUGGCAGCACAGGAUGGCGCUCGACAGACGCAACUACAGACAGUUGGUGGACACCACCGUGGAGCUGGCUAACAAAGUUGGAGCUGCAGAGAUCAUCUCUCGUAUCGUGGACGACCUGAAAGACGAGGCCGAGCAGUACAGGAAGAUGGUGAUGGAGACCAUUGAGAAGAUCAUGGGCAACCUGGGAGCAGCCGACAUCGACCACAAGCUGGAGGAGCAGCUGAUCGACGGUAUCCUGUACGCCUUCCAGGAGCAGACCACAGAGGACUCGGUGAUGCUGAACGGUUUCGGCACGGUGGUGAACGCCCUCGGGAAGCGCGUGAAGCCCUACCUGCCUCAGAUCUGCGGUACGGUGCUGUGGCGUCUGAACAACAAGUCCGCUAAAGUCCGUCAGCAGGCCGCCGACCUGAUCUCCCGUACCGCUGUGGUCAUGAAGACCUGCCAGGAGGAGAAGCUGAUGGGUCACUUGGGUGUGGUGCUGUACGAGUACCUGGGAGAGGAGUACCCUGAGGUGCUGGGCAGCAUCCUCGGAGCGCUGAAGGCCAUCGUUAACGUCAUCGGUAUGCACAAGAUGACCCCGCCCAUCAAAGACCUGCUCCCCCGUCUGACCCCCAUCCUGAAGAACAGACACGAGAAGGUGCAGGAGAACUGCAUCGACCUGGUGGGCAGGAUCGCCGACAGGGGAGCUGAGUACGUGUCGGCGAGGGAGUGGAUGAGGAUCUGCUUCGAGCUGCUGGAGCUGCUGAAGGCUCACAAGAAGGCCAUCCGCAGAGCGACAGUCAACACGUUCGGAUACAUCGCUAAAGCUAUCGGCCCUCACGACGUCUUGGCCACGCUCCUCAACAACCUGAAGGUCCAGGAGCGACAGAACAGAGUCUGCACCACCGUGGCCAUCGCCAUCGUGGCCGAGACCUGCUCGCCGUUCACCGUGCUGCCGGCGCUCAUGAACGAGUACAGAGUCCCCGAGCUCAACGUGCAGAACGGCGUCCUCAAGUCCCUCUCCUUCCUGUUCGAGUACAUCGGGGAGAUGGGCAAAGACUACAUCUACGCCGUGACGCCCCUGCUGGAGGACGCGCUCAUGGACAGAGACCUGGUCCACAGACAGACGGCGAGCGCGGUGGUCCAGCACAUGUCUCUGGGCGUGUACGGCUUCGGGUGUGAAGACUCUCUGAACCACCUGCUGAACUACGUGUGGCCCAACGUGUUCGAGACGUCACCUCACGUGAUCCAGGCCGUCAUGGGCGCUCUGGAGGGGCUGAGGGUCGCCAUCGGACCGUGCCGCAUGCUGCAGUACUGCUUACAGGGUUUGUUCCACCCGGCCAGGAAGGUGCGAGACGUCUACUGGAAGAUCUACAACUCGAUCUACAUCGGGUCUCAGGACGCCCUCAUCGCUCACUACCCGCAGGUCUACAACGACGAGAAGAACAUGUUCGUCCGCUGCGAGCUGGAGUAUAGUUUGUAAAUAAAUGUCCUCACUUCUCCUCCGCACCGUCGUCUGAGUCAGGUUUUGAUUUAGCUCAUCCACCUUUACCGACCCCGAGAUUAAAUCCAGCAUGAAAACUAGGAGAGGCGAAGAAGGGACGCUGUAGAGUCUGUACGUACUUUUUAUUUCUACUCUUUUUUUGUUUUUGAGUGUCCCUGUGAAGAGCAGCCGAGGUCACCGACCUCUAACGGAGAGCCGAGCAGUCGUCAGGAGGUUUUAAAUACUCUGUUCUUUUUGUGUGUGUGUGUAUCGAUCGGCAUCUAAGCUCCCUUUACACACCCCUCCCCUCGUUUCACUCCUCCUCUGUUCUCGUUAGGUUGUUGCUUUAUUUAACCGAAUAAAAUGUUUGUGUAUAAAAGUCA